UUUUAGCGUGUUUUACAUGUCCGACACCACUGACGUUCCAGAAAAUCAGAAAUCACCAAAACCAAGUGGAAAAGCUGACAAACGAAAAAUCGAGGAAAAGCCGGAAAAUUCGAGUUUGAAGCGGAAAAAAUUCGAAGAUCCCAAUAAAAAAGUGGAUCCACUUGAGGAAUUGCCCAUGAAAGUUCCGUUUAAAAUUGUAGAUGGAGUUCGUCACCUUGCACCAUACUGGGCCUGCUACCGUACCCGGACCAAGGGCCGCUGGAUCGGACGGAAAAUGGUCGAGGUGUUCUCCGGAGAGUUUCUAUCGACGAACAGGAAUUAUGCGAAAAUCGCGUGCAAAAUGGGCAGAAUCUAUGUGAACGGCGAGCAGAUGACCGACGUGGAUUAUGUGAUGCGGAACGGCGAUCGUGUCGAGCACUGGGCUCAUCGGCAUGAGCAUCCGAUCCGUGACCUACCGAUACGCGUGAUAAGUGAGACGGAUGAUUUGUUCGUUGUGGAGAAGCCCCCGUCACUUCCGGUGCACACUUGCGGCCAAUAUGCGAUUCAUACGGUGCUCGGCCAGCUGCGUGUCAAUGAGGGACGGACUGGGCUCAGAGUGCUCCACCGUCUGGAUCGAGCCACUUCUGGAGUUCUCCUCUUCGCAAAGAAUUACGAAACCGAUCUGGAAUUUAAGACGACGCUGAAGCAAGGAGAAUGGAGCAAGGAGUACAUUUGCAAGGUCGAUGGAGUCUUUCCGGACGAAGAGCAAGUCUGUGAGCAGCCCAUCGGCCCGCUGGUCAUCUCAAUGGGAAUCCAAUGUGUUCGGCCGGAUGGCAAGGAUGCCAAGUCGAGAUUCCGAAAACUUUGGUCAGAUGGAACACAAUCGGUGGUUCAGGUGCACAUUGAGACUGGAAGAACUCAUCAGAUUCGGGUCCACUCGCAGUUUUUAGGCCACCCAAUCGCCGGGGACCAAAUCUACAACUCGGCGGUCUGGGGACCCACAAAAGGAAAAAAUGCAGAUUACCAGAAGAGUUUUGAUGAGCUCUGCGAAGACGUGCGGAACACUCAUAAAUGCGAGAAUUGGCACGAGAAGCCGAAUCCAGAAUUCGAGCAACGAAUGGAGCACCUGGCAGCCGACACAACGCCAAUUACCCCUGAAGCUCCGAGCCUGACACUGGAGCAGCGGCCAGAAUUCGAUGAGAUUUGUCAGAAAUGCAAUGUGGAGUCGAAGAAAGUGCCCGAGAAUCACUUCCAGUUGUACCUGCACUGCUUGAAGUAUGAGACGAAGAAGUGGAGUUUUAAGACGGAAAUGCCAGAUUGGGCGGUGCAGAAAUAAUUAUUUGACCCUGUUUUUGUUAUUUUUCUUGUUGGUUAAUAAAAUUUGUUAUUUUAAAAAGUUUUCAGCUCCAA